AUGGAAAAUUCUCCGCUUCCAACUGUAAAAGGCCAAAUAUUUGAGUUAGGGCCAAGGUUUGAUGACAUACAGUAUGUUGGUGAAGGGGCAUAUGGAAUUGUGGUAUCUGCGUUCGAUCGAGUACGGAAUGAGAAAGUUGCUAUAAAGAAAGUUUCCCCAUUUGAACAUCAGACCUACUGUCAGAGAACAUACAGAGAGAUUUGGAUUUUGAGUAGAAUGGAUCACGAAAACAUAGUUAAGAUUCAUGACCUCAUAACACCAAGCACUUUCGAAGAAAUGAAAGAUGUUUAUAUUGUAGAAUGUUACAUGGAAACUGAUCUUUGCCGUUUAUUGAAAACUCAGAAGCUUAGCAAUGAUCAUAUUUGUUAUUUCCUUUAUCAAAUGCUAAGAGGUCUCAAAUAUAUACAUUCUGCAAAUGUCCUUCACAGAGAUCUGAAGCCAUGCAAUAUUUUAUUGAAUGCAGCAUGUGAUUUAAGAAUAUGCGAUUUUGGAUUGGCGCGUAUAGCAGACCCAGGAUCAGAACAGUCUGGCACACUGACAGAAUAUGUGGCUACACGUUGGUAUCGUGCACCAGAGAUAAUGUUAACCUCAAAGUUAUAUACAAAAGCAAUUGAUAUCUGGUCAAUUGGUUGUAUUAUGGCUGAAAUGCUUAGCAAUCGUGUUCUAUUCCCUGGAAAACAUUAUAUUGAUCAAUUGAAUUUAAUACUACAAGUAUUAGGUUCACCAACAAAAGAAGACUUUGAGACUAUUGUAAACCUUAAAGCUCGUGCCUAUUUAGAAUCAUUGCCUCAUCGGGCAAAAGUCCCUUGGAAACAACUCUAUCCAUAUGCUAGUGAAUCAGCCUUAGAUUUAUUGGACAGGUUAUUAUGCUUUGUUCCUUCACGUCGAAUAACCGUUGAAGAUGCAUUAGCACAUCCUUACCUUGAACAAUACUAUGAUCCAACGGAUGAA